CCUCUGGGAGAGGCGAAUGGGCCCAAACACAGACACCAGGUCCUGAGGAGCAGCCGAGCCUUCAGCAGAGACCGGCUCCGGUCAGCCUGUGAACAACCAACGCCCUCUGCCCAUCUGGCCCUCCUGGGCCCACACCAUGCUGGUCACUGUGCACUGUGUGCGGAGCGACCUCUCCGAGGUCACCUUCUCCCUCCAAGUCAGCCCUGACAUUGAGCUCCACACCUUCCGCGUCCUCUGUGAGCUCCAGUCUGGUGUCCCUGCAGAGGAAAUCCAGAUCGUCUACAUGGAGCGACUCCUCAUGGACGACUACUGUUCCCUGGGCUCCUAUGGCCUCAAAGAUGGCGAUGUUGUUGUUUUACUUCAGAAGGAGAAUGUGGGACCUCGGCCAACUGGACCGAUGUCAGGCCCGCCUCAAACUGAUUUCACUGACAUGGCCACACCUGGGACAUCCAGCAGCGGGCCGCAGCACCAGCGUACACCAUCGGCCCAGCAGGCCCAUGGCCCGAGCUCCAGUGAGAGGGGGACAGCUGGACAAGGCCUCGACAGCCCCGCCUUGGUCCGAAGCAUGCUGCUCUCCAGUCCCCACCAUCUGUCCCUGCUGAAGGAACGCAACCCCUGUUUGGCGGAAGCCCUACUCAGUGGAAACCUUGAGACAUUUUCUCAGGUCCUGAUGGAGCAGCAAAGGGAAAGGGCCUUGAGAGAUCAAGAGAAGCUUCACCUCUAUUCUUCAGACCCGUUUGAUUUGGAGGCACAGGCCAGAAUAGAAGAAGAAAUCCGGCAGCAGAACAUUGAGGAAAACUUGAAUUUAGCGAUGGAAGAGGCUCCAGAGAGUUUCGGACAAGUUGUCAUGCUCUAUAUUAACUGCAAAGUGAAUGGACAUCCUUUGAAGGCUUUUGUUGACUCAGGGUCUCAGAUGACCAUCAUGAGCCAAGCCUGUGUGGAGAGAUGUAAUAUGAUGUGGCUGGUGGACCAACGAUGGGCUGGGAUUGCUAAAGGAGUGGGCACCCAGAGAAUUAUUGGCCGCAUUCAUCUAGCACAGAUUCAAAUUGAAGGUGAUUUCUUACAAUGUUCUUUCUCUAUACUCGAGGAGCAACCCAUGGACAUGCUUCUAGGACUAGAUUUGCUCAGGAGACAUCAGUGUUCCAUUGACUUGAAGAAAAACGUGCUGGCGAUCGGCACCACAGGCACACAUACUGCCUUUCUUCCCGAGGGAGAGCUACCCCCAUGUGCUAGGCUGGUUAGCAGUACCGGGCAAUCAGAGUCUCCAGACAAGGAAGUAGUAGAUGCUGUUCAACACCCAGCCAGGCAUUCAGGACGAAGAAAGCAUUGA